AUGGCUUGUCGGCCGAAAUGGUCGGCGCUGAUGCUGGCGGUAACGAUUGUUACGCUCAGCUUAGCGAGCUUAGUGAAUCGGUGUUCUGGCGCAAGUAGCAGCAGCAGCAACAGUGGCAGCUCGAGCGAACUCGACGAUCUGAACGCGGAGGAAAGCAGAAAUUAUCGCGAGCUGUUGAAUAUUCCGAAAUUUGGUGACCGGUUGGCGCCCCGAAAUAGGCCCCACGUCGAGGAGAGCGCUAAUGGUGGUUCCGCGAUCGCGAGUGCUGUCGGACCUUCUUCGUUGACCGUGGGUGGUACCAGCGGUGGAAAUAAAUUCCGGCGACAGCCAGCACCCGGGAUUGUCCAUCCCGGGGUGAGUCAUCGGAAUGCGGGAAGAUUUGGCACGGCGAGUGUUUUGGGCGGUAGUGCAAGCAAUCAGGAAGAGUUGCACACGCUGGUGAAUGGCAAUGAUAUCAAGCGAAGUGAUGUGAUGGUUACUAGUGUUACUCAAAAUUUGGAGGAUCCGAAUGUUAACAGUGACUACUACGCGGUAUCCGACGAUGAACAGGAUGACGGCUCCUUUGCGGAACACGAUGAUGAUAAUGGGGAGGAGGGUGAUGUGGAAGAUGCUGAAGAGAUUGACACCGAGGAAGGACCUAAGCAUGGUGAAGAUUUGACGGUGCAAGGUAGAAAUGCUGUAGGAAGUGACGAGCAGCAACAGCAUCUGCUGCUCGAAAGUGAUAGUAUUAAGGAUAACAGUUUAGCACUGCAAAAUGUGAGCAGUAGUGGCAGUAGUGCAGGUGGUGUAAAUGCGUCUUCGGCGCAAGCACAUCGACUAGAAAUGUCUACCGAGUUUUUCGUAGUGCCAUCGACAGCGGCUCCCGCUGCAUCCCGUUCGACGACUUUACGUCCUGGCGGAGUAAUACUAGCGGCUCGUACCCCUGCGAGUUACCACAACAGCAAUAGCAACACGCACAAGCUGAACAUCACACCGCCAACCGUAGUUUCGACCAGUUAUCCGAGCGGCCUGCGGAAAGAACCCUGGGUAGUGCCAGUUCUGGUGCUGGCCUCGCUGUCGAUGAUCAUGAUGGCAGCUUUCGAAAUUUUUGUCCUCUGCAAAGCCUGGCGAACUUCUCCCAGUCGUCGGCAUCUGUUUCUUGGCCAAAUGCUUCUGCUUGGUUUGUUUUCCUGCUCGGGACUAGCUGCGGUUCUUACCGUCAAUCCGACCGUACUUUCCUGUGCGACAAUGCGUUUCGGAGCCGGAGUUGCUUUCGCUCUCGUAUUUGCUUCUCUUCUUGUGAAAUGCGUGUUUCUCAUCAGCCUCAAUGGUGGAGUUUAUCUUCCGGCUCCGUACCAGGGGCUGCUGCUUCUGUUUGCCGUGCUUAUCCAAGUGGCUGUUGGAGCACAAUGGCUUUUGACGGAUCCGCCGAUCGUUGAUCAGGUUCCUAUAACGAACGGUGGCACAGCUAUUUCCAGCCGGUACUAUCUUCUGCUGACAGCCGGCGAAUUAACCCAUGUGAACCCUACAAUCCCACUGUGUCACACGUCCUUCUCCGAGUUGCUUCUUUCCUUGAUUUACGUCGUGUUUCUGAUUGCGUUCGUCGCCAUUCUGGCGAUUAAAUCGCGCGGCAUACGAGACAACUAUCGCGAGGCAACGUACAUCGGGCUAGCCGUGGGAGGUAUCAUUCCAAUCUGGUUGGGCUGGACUUUGUGCGGACUGGCCGUGGCCGAUCGGCAUCGGGACGCUUGCUUAGCCUUCGGACUGGUGGCCACCGCUUCGACGGUGUUUCUGGUGAUGUUUAUGCCCAAGGGUCGUCAGUUGGCGGCUAUGGGCAAGGAAGGCCUGUACGUGGAGGACCGUGAAGAGCGCUUCAGUUCGCUAAGCCGUGCCGGAUCCGGAUAUUCGCCGUCGUUUUUCCACUUUAAACCCAUCAAGUACGGGGUGAUGGGUGCCUCGCCGACGCUGCAAACCACCAACGGAACGGUGGUCGGAACGACGAACACUUCUAAGCAUCAGGCCGUUGCGACGCUAGGCGGAGAUCGCGUUGCACUGGUUACGGCUGCACCCCCGAGCUACACGCCACGCAUGUAUCAUUACUUUCCAGCACACAUGACACAUCCCUUCUGUUACUACCCCUCGCUGGCACCGCAGCAGGCACGGUAUCCAGGCCUGUUUAUGCGACCGGACGAGGCUAACCUGUACACCACCCUGGAGCAGACAAUGAGCAGCAAUCCGAACGUGUACUUCCAGCGAGGCGGCGGUGUCCAUCCGGGCAUGAUGUACUGAAAUUGUGGCGAAAGAUCCUAGAUUCCUACUGAACAAGUAGACGAAGAUAAAACGAAUAAGAAUAGUACGAACAGAGCAACACUACUAGCGAUUUCAUAACGAAGAGAGAAAAAAAUCAACCCGAAAUCUGACGUAUCGAGUCUUCGUCCGGAACCACGGGAAAGUAGUACUAGUUUUGAAUCGCUGCCUGCUUGGAUCCAGAGGGACCAUUACCAACUGCAUAGAAACAGAUUAAAGAAUAAAAACAAGUGAUUUUAGAUGGUAAGAUUAGGAGCACACGGUAGCUGCUUGUCGUAACGUAGAUAGAUUAAUUACCGUAAGAAAGGAUGAGUUGCAGCACCAGGCGGAAACGAGCGAACGAUAGUUUCAUGGUUAAUUCACGUUGCUAGAAAGGAUCACAUAUAUACGCUGCAAUCAUUACACGACUCCUUUAGGACUUGUAUUUUCACUUCAUUAGAAAUUAAGCAAUCGCGAAAAAGUGAUAUCUCCACGCAGUACAUUAACAAGAAGACAGACACACGCACACCCGCAACGUUUUGGUGUGAACCAAUUUAGUUAAUAAUGAUGAAACCUAGCACGAGGCAAAUUCAGCAUCCAGCAUUCAUCCCCCUCCAUUUACGGUGCGGUGCGGAAGUAGAAAAAAAACGUAAGCAGUGGAAGGUUUUUGUUCUUGAAUUACUGAACAAACUGCCAGCCUAGAGGCUGGGCUUUAAUUUUAUAACCAUAAUGUUACUGGUAGACACUGUACAAUUAAAAUUUGCCGCCUACUUAGUAUCGGUAAUUUAUUGCCAAGAACGGCACCACUCGCCGUGUCGAAAUUUUAGUUGGGUUGAACCGAGAUUUACAAAAAUAUAUGACAUCUGUCAUUUUUCCAAACCAAGCUCUCAGUGGUGCCGUUUUCGGCAAUAAAUUACCGAGUUUCAGCAGUCAAUUUAGGUGUGUGAGCUGCGGUGUUCUUCAAUGUGGUGACGACAGGCAUAUUGGCUUCCUUAAAUUGUGCAGUGGAGGGCAAAAUUUGAAUGCAAACUUUCCAUUUUCCAUGAUUGUGAGUUUGCGACUGUUUUUCUCUAGAAAAAUAAAACGGUGCUUUGCUAUGCUUUGCAUACUUUUCACUAGAAGUAAUAAAGCUGCGUUCAACCAAAGAUGACUAGAACAAGAUACCUGACUUCCAGUUUUUUCAUACAUUUUGCCCACGACACCUUCACAACGGUUAGUGCUGCCAUCUGAUGUCUUAAAUGCGAAUAAAACUGUGGUUAUUAGCAAAAUCGAUUUAUCGUGCAUAAUCCGCCAGAUGAAAAUAAAAACUAGAUGGCAGCACCGUGCAAGGAUAUUGAAAAUUGGAUGGCAGGACAGGAAAAAAAGUGCUUCACCUUUCGCCACCUUGCCGUCAUCAUCAAAUUACCAGUAUACAAAUGAGUUCGACUUUCGUUCACGCGCAGCGACAUUCAUGCUCGCUGGAUACUGGAAGAGUCAACUUGUACUAGUCAUCUUUGGUUCAACACACAGUUUUUAAUGUUUCUUUUCAUCCCAACAAAAGAACGAACAUGUCAUUUAUUUUUGUAAAAUAUUUUUUUAAGUUUCAGGUUAUGCUUUCAAAUGGUUUAAUAAUCAAAAUUUUUCUCAACAGAAAUGUCGAAAUGUCAAAAUCUAAUAAUAUAAACGAAAAAUGUUUAUAGACGAAUUGUUCUAAAUAAUUUCAGUUUUCCACUGCACUGUCACGUUGACAAGCUCAGUCAGCAACUGUCCUAGUUUAUACGAACCAAUUGUCAAUGACGGUCAACAAAUUUCGCCCCCAAGGUACACCAGAAAGUUCUCAUUCAAAUGAAACUUGUUGCCUAUAAAAUGCAAUGGAAAAAAAAUAAAACAAUACCAGCUUAUUCGGUCACGGUAGUGGGCUCAAGUGAGCUUAGGAACAAAACAGUAAAAUAGUUAUAGAAAGUUUUGGCUUAAAAAAGGGCCUACCGAUAAGCUAAGCUAGGGUAUCUGAACAAUUUAAAUAAAUCAAUAAUUUUACGAUGCUGCACUUCAUCACCUUCAUCACAUCGACAACCGAACCUUUCAUUAUCAUUAGCAAUUAGAUGGAAAAGAAAACAGAGAACUGUACGAGUUACGUUUAGUGUUCAUUAAGACGAAUCGACUUGUUUAUAGACAAUCAACACACACACGCACAUAGAAUGAUUCCUAGACGUAAGAAGAAAGCGUACUGCUAGUGUUUAGAAUAGCGACGCAACCCUAGAAGAAUAAGAAACCUGUUCAAAUGAUCGGCAUAAUCUAAGAUAAAAACACUCUCUGUGAAUGAAUUUAUUGAAACUAGACACGCCCUAUCGCGCGUACUUUUUUUGCCAAAACGGUUUAAGGUUUUUAACGUUAGAGAAAAACAAUCGAACUGUAUUGCGCACUGCCUUCCAGUUGUGCUAUCUUACUUUGCUAGAGAAGAAAACAAACAAAAAACGGAAAUGUUUGUGAAACAUUUUUCCAGCUACAAUAUACUAUUAGUCUUUUAACGUAGUCUUCAUCGAACCACGCGAGAACCCUGUCCUCGAGAGUUACGAAAGUUUAGUUGAUAAAUCUAUCCGUACUGCUAGCAAUAUAUAAAUAGUAGAAGCAAAAACGAAAAAACACCGGUUGGAAGAGCGCUACACUACUUAAGAGUAAGAGUGCAUGUUUUCUGUAAAUACUAGUGCUAAAAUACUGAGACGAGUUAUCAGUUGGAGCUACCUUUAAGAUAAAUAAAUGGGAAAAUAAUA